GCGAGUAAGGGAUUACAGUUACCAGUCUAUUACUGAAAAAGUGAAAUUGUCAAUAUAUGCAGCUGUAACAGGUUUAUGUGGUGUUUCAGCGCGCAGAUUUGCGUUUUACAGCAUGUUUACAAACUCAUACAGAACUGCUUGUUUGGCUGGAACGUACCGAAACAGAAUAUGCGCUACAUCAGCGCUCACACUAGCGACGCUAACUCGUUCUAUCACUAAAUACACUAAGAUAAGUUCGCUGAAAAAGCGAAAAUCGGGGAGCGAUGAGCCACCCACGUCCUCGCCGCUGAGUCCGGAGCAGCUGGAACGAAUAGAGAAGAACAGGCGCGCCGCUCUUGAGAGGCUGGCGGCCCGCAACGUACCGCCCGGAAUCGGAGAAAGCUGGCAGAAAGCACUUGGUGGCGAGUUUGGAAAACCAUACUUUACCACGCUGAUGUCCUUUGUCGCAGAGGAGAGGAAACGCCGCACAAUCUAUCCACCCUCUCAUCAGGUGUUCUCUUGGACCCAGAUGUGUGCAGUUGAAGACGUGAAGGUGGUCAUUCUUGGUCAGGACCCAUACCACGGCCCAGGUCAGGCUCAUGGUCUGUGCUUCAGCGUGCAGAGACCCAUCCUGCCCCCACCCAGCUUGGAGAAUGUGUACAGAGAGCUGGCUGAUGAUAUAGAGGGUUUCCAGCAUCCUGGACAUGGUGAUCUGACGGGAUGGGCCACUCAAGGAGUCCUCCUGUUGAACUCCGUGUUGACGGUUCGAGCGCACCAGGCAAACUCCCACCAGGACCGCGGCUGGGAGACAUUCACUGACGCUGUGGUCACAUGGCUUAGUGAGAACCUGAAUGGUCUGGUCUUCCUCCUUUGGGGGGGGCAUGCCCAGAGGAAGGGUGUGGCCAUUAACCGGAAGCGACACCAUGUCCUGCAGGCAGCACAUCCUUCCCCCCUGUCUGUGAGUCGGGGGUUCUUUGGCUGCAGGCAUUUCUCCAAGACCAACGAGCUGCUCAGGAAAUCAGGGAAGACCCCGAUAGAUUGGACCGCACUCUGACAACUGACCGGCUGACUCCGCUGACCUGACACGAUUCAUUUCAUGAUUGGAGAGCGGGGCUUCA